AUGCGGACAUCAUCAUCAUCAUCAUUCCUUUUCCCUUUUACUCUUGUGAUAAUCACCCUUUUCUGUAUUAAUGGUUCCAACUGCGCUAGGAACAGGUGAGUGUCUUAUCAUGUCUGCCAAUUUGGAAGAUGCCUCUUAUUGUUAUGGAACUCAAAUGUUUUUUUAUUGAAGCUCAGGGGCACUCUCUCAUCUUAUAAUGCAUGUUCUAGCCUCGGGACACGUGCAUAACGGGUAAUCUGUCUGAGUGCUUCCGUCCUGGCAAUUGGUAGCAAUGUGUUAGAAAACAUCAAACCUUGAGAAAUGUAAAGGUCUCACUGGAUCAGGGGAAUUGUAUGGCUGACGUUUCGGAGGGCUUGGUCGGCUCUCCAUUCUCAAAGCAUUUUAUGCAGAUGCUCGGCCAGAAUUUGAAAUCGAGAGCCGAACUAGUUGACCCUGAGCAGAUCGAUUUUUCCUCCUUCCACUACCUUGGCCUUCUGAAAUUUGUUUGGGAAUCCUGACAGCCUCCUGCCGGGGGGGAUUUAGUCGAUAGGCUGUAUUUGCUUGGUACUUUUAAGCCCUGUGUGACCGUCCUGUCUUGGUUAUGGCGCAUGUAAUGGCGUAGGACCUCAAGGCCGCAGGAAAGUCCAGGUGUCUGUUGAUAGAGUUGGCAUCUGAGUAUCAAGCCUCAAGUGCGAGGCGUUCUCUCCUUGAGGUGCCCUGGCUUUAGGUAAUUGCUCCUAGGGAGUCAACACUAUGGCCAUUUUCUCCAAUGGAUUUUGAAAACUGUGAGUUUGGGUCUAGCCUUCGAGUUGCCAGUUUGCGCUCACGUAGACGGAUCUGAGAUUUCCGACUGGUGCAUGAAUUACCAGCAUCUGACACUGUCUUUGAUGAUGGGUUCGAGCAUGAAUCCAAAACAUCAGGCGAAUAAACAUCUUGUUCCAGCGAUCUACUAUUCCCAGUUUAUCGCGACGACUAAUGCGUGGGUGUAACGGAGAAUUUGGAAAAUCAAGUAUAAUUAACAUUUUGUAGGAGGAUAAGAGUAACCGAUGCGGCGCGGGUUCUGACCUAGUUCAGGGAUAAAUAAUGCUAACGGUCGCUUGAGCGUCCCUCCAUCUUGUAAAGCUAACCCAACUGGUGAAGAAACAGGACCAUUUGACAUCGCUUUCCUAUACUCUCAGUAAUUUGGUCCAAACUUACUUAAAAUACUGCAAUAUACUUUUUUAUUACAUCCCCUUUAUGGGGAAUAUGUCCUUCUGUUUUUACCGGUGUGGUGUAGUAUACUGUUGGAAGAGUUAGUGCUGUUGAGAAUGCGCCAGAGACUGGAAUGAUGGUUCACGGAGUCAACCAUCUGCACGUUUAAUAAUGCUACCUUUAAAGUAGGCAACACAGGCCCUGUGUGCUAAUAUAUUUUAUGAGAGACGGCAGACGUCCACAUUUAGGCACAAAGAAAGCAUGUGUUUGUUUUGGAAAAUAUACACAGAGUAUACUCUUCCUAGCUUCCCAAAACAGGCAGCAGCACUCAGGCAGAUUAUCCGUUGUGCAGAGGCUGGAACAUUCAUUACGUGAGGAAUAAGGCGGCACGCCUUGGCACAGGCUUACGCAGCAUCAGCCGUCUACGCCCAAUCCCCGCAUUAGAUGGCUAACCGGCUCGGAGAGUGAACUGGUGCCUGGAAGGGGGAAGAGAGAGUGAGGUCGAUUCUGCGGACCUUGCCCCGCUAACGGGAUAGCUCUAGCCUGUCCUGGGGUCGGGCUGCGAUGACUCCUUCUUAAUGACGCCUCUAUGACACUCCUACUCGAGUGGAAUCCGAGCCGUCCCUCUGUUAUCCUGGUGAGACCCUCAGCCACCGUGCACGAAAAAGGCGAGUGUGCCACGCUUAGGGCGGUUGUUUAGCUUUGUCAGUCACUGUGUUUGAUCCUGUCUCUGGUCUUCUUGACGCUGGGCCCAGCUGGAUGAGGGAGGAGGGAGCGCAGUAGAUGCUGUACAAGUCCACCAUGAUUAAAAACUACUUCACACGUAAGUUACCGUGCCUGCGCCCACCCUACCGGUGGACAUUUUCGUCCGCGAAGGUCGUUCUGCCGCCCCCGCCCCCCCUAGUCUGCAUCAAGGACUAGAAUACCGCAAACAAGACUCUGUCGGCGCGGACGUGCUGCGCCCUUCGGUUGAGCCAGUGAAUGUUAAUGUUCAAGUCGGUGCACUGGGUCAUAGUCAAGGGUGACGCCUAGCAGGAGUUUUCGUGCGCCUGCCGACUGACUGAUUACGAAUCGACCCUGUUUACUUGUAAUAGCCGAUCCACGAAGGUAAGUUGCGAUGCCCGCUUUUUGAUGUGGUUAGUUUAUUAUUGAGAACUGCCUACUUUAUUUACCAAAGUAGACGUUGUUUGUAAGUUUUCAGUCGGAAACUAGUCAUGCCCCUCGACGGCUCCAAGCAUCAGUAACACGUUGACACUUGCAAGUAAAGCAGUAGUAGGUGUUUUUGCGAUUAUAGCAAAAGCACCUAAUGGCCUAGGGUGUAAGCGUAAUCAGAGGGCUCAUCACUUUCCUAAAACUUGUAGAUAUCCGGAGUUAGAAAAGCUUCUGACGCAGCUGUGGAUAAAGGACAAGAAUCGCUUGAAUAUUCCUCAGCAUAUUGUCCUGAACUUGCAAGGUAAGCCGCUAGAAUUCCGAGCUUUUGAUACUGUUGGUAGUAAUGCUUCUGUGGAAUUCAGUUAACCGCCGCAACCUAGAUUUUCAAAUUAGGCUCAAAAUUCCAGUUCUUCGUCAGUCUCAAAAAUACUCUUAUCCAAGCUUUCGUAUUUGGGCUUGCUACUGAAAUUGCCUGAGUAAUAUCUGCCUAUUCGGAUAAGUCUACAUGUGUGCCUACUGACGUGAUUUCCCGGUAUACCAGGGUUCGCUUAAAACACUAAUAAUGAACACUUUUCUCCCUUGGGAUCCACAGCUUUCUCAUCCGAGACUAAGUCUGCUGGAAGUCUUAUCGUUGCAUGUUACCAGGUAAUUUGGCUUCCCUGAGAGAACCACGAAUGACUGUCGAGGCAUUCAAAUGACAACCUACUGGCUCGGAAAUAAUUUCACGUGGAGCAUUAUAUAUUGCCGGCGGGUCCUGUUUAGGUCACCGGAAUCGAACCUUGUCGAGAAAACAUCGGGGAGGUUGGGACAGUAACAAUAUCCUUAUUGCAAGACGUGAAGUCCAGGGCGGCAUUCGGGCGUCUUUAAUCGAUGCGUGCAUUUUUUACACUAGUUUCCGAAAAUCUUCUAAAUUCAAACAUAUUUUAUGGAAAAUCUGCAUAAAAAUAUGCUUUAUUGUAUUGGUUUGGUAGAAAAUCACAUUGUCUUUUCAUUUCAGAUCCGAAGAAAGUGUAUAUUUAGGUUUUGAAAAAGGUUCCCGAUUACCGAAUAAUUUUAAGACAGAUCAGACGUUGCAUUAGCGUUUACUGAUUUCAUUCUACAAUGUGCAUAAUUUCUGCGUAAGGAAACUGAUGUAUCCCUCUAAAUCUUUAAAAAUAUACCAUGUAGAGCUCAUAAAAGCUUGCAGUGGACGCGAACUAUGUUGUGCAUUCCAUGAGUAGCACUGGUAAACGGACAUGUGUGAUUAAGUAUGAAGGGACAUCACACGGUCUUAAAAAUUUCAUAAUCAGAAUCUUUUUAAAACCGAACGAUAACCUUUUCUAGGGUAUUAACUAUAAAGGCACUGUUAUUUUCUACCAAACGAGUAAAAGAAGCCAUACUUUUGUGCAUGUUUUGUAUAAAAUAUAUUUGAAUUUAUAAGACCAUCGAAAAUUAAUGUGACAAAUACAUGCUACUUAAGUAGUUGAUGUUUACCGAGUGUAGCUUCCUCAGGAGGUUAGAAAGAAGUGCAUUCAAAAGCAGGCACCCCGGGAAGUCCGAAACUUUAUAGAUUUAUGCCGCCAAAUAAUCAACAUUACAACCCCACCCAAAAAAUCCUUCCUUAUCGAAAACGCAUUUCAGAAUUUCGGCCAAUAUUUCAUGAGAUCGGUCACUCACUGUAAAUUGCUUUGGGCCUCUUCUUGGAAUGGGACACCUAGACAACAAUCAAGAGAGCAUAUUUUGUUGAGCUGCCUGAUGUAGACCUCAAGCGUGAUGCUGAAAACUGUGAAUAACAACCAUUCAGUGCUAGAGAGGGAAAACAGACUUCUGAGCACUCGAAGGAUAAGCCUUGCACAGUGGUGCAUUUUUCUCGUGAUCUCGCCUCCAGCCUCCGAACUAACCGACUGCAGUGCAUGAAAGAAAACCGGUAAGGAUCUCUCGAGGUGCGGUUAUGGACGACUCGAAGAUGCCCAGAUUAUAAGUCAGGGAGUCGGCGUUUGUUUGCGAAAGUUCGUACACGCGGUUUGGGUGGGUGACGAAUUCAAGCGUCCUCUUCAACCGAGGGCCAACCGUUCGGUUUUUGCCCGGUCGCCAAGUGCGUGCGUGCGCCUGGCCUUGUCUGCCAGUAGCCAAUCAGCAGGCGACGCAGCGUCGAUUGGUCUUGAACCCUCACCACGCAGGUGUUAAGACAUUCUUGGAUCAAGCAAUCAAGUGAGGGGGGCGGACUAGGGGUGAGCGGCUGCGUUGAGGAUCGCGAGAGCCGACUGCCACGAAAGCUUCAUUUCGGAAAGGUUGUGGUGGGAGGCGGCGAACCGGGGGUGAAGUCUAUAGUCGUCACUUUCAUUAACUCAUCGCUUUUAGUAAAAAGAGCACUUGACUUCUCCCCCCCCUCCGUCCUCGGUAGCAAACUGAUAAAAAUAUUUUGAGUGUUGAAUCCGUGAAAAUAUGCAAAUGACCUCCAGGUUACUCUGAUCACACGCGCAGAGGAUAUCAGCAAUUUCAUCAGUCUGGCUGCAUUCGUUCUGGUUGUUAAUUUCACACUUUUUUCACUUUCGAUCAACCUGCUUGCUAAAGUACACAUUAAAUAAAAGGCUAAUGACUACCUGCUAUUAUUUUAAAUGGUUGAGACAACGCACUGUCCCACUGUUACUGGAGAGAAUAUUAAAUUACAGGUCCCAUUCAGGGGUCGCGCGAGAUCCCGGACAGAGCGCCCAAACCACUAUUCACUUUUGUUGACGAGGCGCGUCUGAACUCAACUCCAACGUACAGAAGUGAGCAUCACAUUUUUGUCGCUUCAUUAUACUUAUUUUUUCUAAAGUUUAAGAUUAAAACCUUCAGAGUGCAAGUGUUUUUCUCCAGCGUAUGGAAUCCACCAGAUCUGAUACAGUAAGUUGACUGUCGAAGCAGGAUUUUCUAAGUAAUCAAUUUUAAAUCCGCCAGAUGACUACCGGGUAUAGUAGAUUAAUAGGUGAGAACUGGUAGCUCAGGUGGCCAGAGCGUUGCCUAGGCGGAAGCCUUCCUCUUCCUGUCAUGGGUUCGAAUCCCACCGAGUUCGUCAAGUAAUUCACAGGUGAAUAAUAUUGGAUCCUUCAAAAUCUGUCAAAAACACCCAUGCAUAUCCGCAGUAUGAAACUUGCUUUAUUACACGUUUUCUUGCUGUAUUCAGCUUUCUCGCAGUAAUACUCUGAAGGGAUUGGGACAGACAAAAUGCCUAGUCCUAUGGAAGUACAUACCCCAGGUAUCUUCAUGCGGUUCAUUUGACAAGUUGCUUCGGUCAGUAGUAUGUGACAGCUAGACAGAGUUUGUUUCAGGAAGCUACGGGGGAGAACUUGGUAACAUUUAAGGGCUGUACAGAGUAACCGCCUUGUGCACUGUGCUCAUGAAACGACCUAUCGUUCCAACAUGGCGCAUCCCCUCACUGAACACACCCCUCCCUACAGCCGGGGUCUACAGACCCCAAAAUACAUGACAAAAUAACUACCCCGAACCUCCAGGUUUGUGACGACUUCAUCAUGUUUAUUUCCAGGUUUCAUUGCGCUGAAGGACUGCUUCCUUCCCAGUCUUCUUGAUGAAGAUGGAUAUAAUCCCGAAAAAGAACGCCUUCAGGAAGCCUUCCUAGAAAGCGUUAUUCGAACGGACGUAAUGAUGGAAGCAAAACUUUUUCUGGUAGAACGACAGUUAGCACCAUCGGACCAAAACUCUUUCAAGAGCUUUCUACGAACUCUUUGGUUUUCACCAUAUAAACGCGGAAAGUGAGUCAAUCGUCGCUUCUUGAACGGACGCCCACUGUUUGACUAAUAAUGCAGUAAACAUGUUUGCUGAUAUAAUAGUUAGUAGUGUAUUUAUUAACUAAUUUCCAUUUCUCACAGGCGUGAAAAUUCAUGUGGCUUCGAGCACGUCUUUCUAGGCGAGAGAAGGGGGAAAAAGGUCUUCGGUUUGCAUUACUGGCUGACUUUUUACCUUCGGGAGAAAAGCGGCGAAAUCAAUUAUCUGGGUCACAGUAAACAGGUGCGUAUGUUGUGGCAGAAUUGUCACAGACUUGCGAUUUCGCCAGCGACCUGUUUACAAUCUUCACCGUCCGCUAAUGCUCCCUCUGCGUUUUCAGAGUAGGAAUCCGAUCAGCGCCCUCUACACCGUGGCCUUUCGAUGGAACGAAAUCUUCCUGAAGGACUUUGAUCGUUUUCUGGUCGGUACCUCACCGGAAUUUGAUAUGGCACUCUACACAGUCGUCUUUCUGACAGCCAGUCAGCGCACACCAAAACAAUUUCGGUUGGGAGUUUCGCUCAAAUACAACAACAGUCGGAUUGCAAUCCAAUGUUAUAGAAUGGAACCGAAGAAAAUCGGAACAUGUUACAUUGUUUGAACGCGCGGCCUCAAAUUUGACCUUUUUAACUUAGACCUUCCUAGCCUUAAUCAUCGCUAAUUAUUUCAAUCAACUUGUCAUUUUUGUUGACAUUGAUGAGUUUUUUUUUAUUUUUUUCUUCCUCCGCAUCGCAAAUCUGGAUGCCAUUUCGCAGAAUCUCUAUCUAAAUCAUUUAUCGCCCUCCGCUCUCCCCCCCCCCGUCUCCCCAAAAUUUAAUUAUAUUUUUCCUCGCUUCUUCUCGUAUUCUUGUUUUUAUUUCGGGGUUAUACAAAAAAUGGGGAUUACGAAGUCCCAAUGGGAUGAUUUCAGCUAAACAGUAAUUGGAACGAAAUUCUCAGCAGCAGUGGCAGUGAUAUUAAUAGUAAUCGGAGUGCUAAAACCGGUAUUAGUAGUAGUAGUAGUAGUAGUAGUAGUAGUAUUGGUAGUAGUAUAAAUGUAAGUAUUAACUUUUCUUCACCGAUGUUUACUUGCGUCAGUUUGUUUUACCAUACAGGAGAACGGUUUUCAGGCCUUAAUGUACGACAUUCUACUUAUAGUAAAUGGUGUAACUCAUGAAAUGCCGUAAUUGAAAUUUCGGUAUGUAGAAUCCUGAAUGUUUGGUGUUUUUAUGUGUGUCUACUAAAUUGAUCUAGGGUGCAGAAAGCUACUUAUUACAGUGGCCUUUAUUUAACUUCUCUUUUAUAGCGGAAAGAAAGGCCUGAUUCGGGCGAAAUCUGACAUUUUUUGAUAUCGGGACAAUUUUUUACGGUAUCGAAGUGCACAGGUCGAAAACCCAUAUUUAUGCACAGCCAAAACCUUUGCAAGCUAAUAGGAACGAAGAAACGAGUCCCAGGAAGUAGUCAUGAAGAAGGAGACACGAUCGCUGGGACAAGAGCUUUAUUAACCUGACGAUCCCGGAUGAAGGUAGCAUGGCCACUUCAUCCUAUAAAUACCGCAGCCCCUUGUGCAUCAACCACCCGUAUCUGCUUUUGUCUCUGAUGGUGAAUUCGAGCAGGAAUCCGAAAUGUCAGGCUAAUAAAGCUCUUGUCCCAACGAUCUUGUCUCCUUCUUCAAGCUCUGCAAGCGUUUGCUAUGUCAUGCCCAGAAAGACAUGGCCCUCGCAGCCUGGCAUGCGCUGACAGUUCUUCGAUACCUGGUUCCCUGACGGUGGACGCACUGGCGCUCCCGCUGGGUAUACAGGUGGCUGCUCUGUCAUCAAUCUCCUUUUAACCCGUCGUGGUGUUGUUUUUGCUGGUUAAAAUCCCGGCCAGUUGCUGUGUGGACCAGGGGAUGUGGAGUGGAGCACCAAGGUGCGGGUUCGGCCGCGCCGUCCAGCUGCGUUCUCCCCCACCCCCGGUCUCUUUGACUAUUCCUUGACGCGGGGCUCAGGUGGGGGGGGGGGAAGGAAGGAGUGCGGUAGAUGCUGCGCAAGUUUACUCUCAUUAUAAACUAAUACACGCGCAAGGCACUGUGCCUGCUACACCUUGCUGUGGAGCACAUGGUGGGCAUCAUCGGAUGCGACGGUCGAACUGUCGUAAAUGAACAUAAAUACAAACAAUAAAGGUGUAAAAUAAUUCCUUUCUAGUAAUUGGAUUUUGUGUGCGUGUAAAUCAGGUGAAGGCAAAUAUGAGAAAUAUCACUGUUUUCGGGAAAAGUGGAGCGAAUUCAGCUGUGAAAAUUCUGUUCUGCCAAUUUCUGGCGUUCCGUGCCACAGAACUCCGCAAUAGUCGAUUUAUUCUUAUUAUUAUUUCUGCUGGUUGCGCGGUUUAUAGUCAGAUCGUUAGCAACUUUCAAACGUAAAAUUAGUUAAAACGCUCGUCAGACCCUCCUCUCUCAAGUUAUUUCGACAGACCACUAGAAAACGGUCACAUCUGAAAUUCUUUCCCGAAGAUUUCCCUUUUUAAAGAAUUUAGGAAAGCACUACGACCAUGUGCGCUGCUGCUCAAAAUACGCCUCCAUGCGGAGUCGAUCUCGCGACCUUCAAGAGUCCGCUCAUCAGCCCAGACCGCUCGGCCACCUCGGCACGGUCUCCAGCCCUCCCACAAAAUUAUAUGGAUUAUACGGGCGAGCCAUACGCAAAUAGGCUUUGUGGUGGGUGUCAGCUGUUAGCUUCCAGGGUCAACCAUNCGAAGGAAAGCGCAUUUCUCCCUCCCGACUGCGACAUAGUGGACGGGCCAACGAUUGAGCACGCCUCUUUCGCCGAAGCUAUUGUUCGCAAAGAACUGUUGAAGUUGAAUGAGUCUAAAUCACCUGGGCCGGAUGACAUACCGCCCAAAUUGUUGAAGGAACUUGCUGGAGAACUAUCCAAACCGCUGUCCAUGCUCUUCGAAGCUUCGUUCGAAGCAGGCUAUUUGCCCUCCGAUUGGAAAUCAGCGCGGAUCACGCCAAUUUAUAAAGGCGGCAGCAAGGUCUUAGCAAACAACUACAGACCAAUCAGCCUUACUUCAAUUUGCUGCAAAAUUAUGGAGAAAAUAGUAAAGCGAGAAAUAAUGCACUUCCUAGAAGAGCAUAAUCUGCUAUGCGAUGCCCAGCACGGAUUUCGUAGAGGCAGAUCAUGCGUGACGAAUCUACUAUAUUGUUUAGAUCGCUGGACCCGGGCAGUCGAUGGCAGCAAUGCAGUGCACGCAGUCUACGUCGACUUUAAGAAAGCAUUCGACAGUGUACCCCAUCAGCGUCUCCUGUACAAACUAAACCGAACAGGCCUGAGGGGUAAUCUCCUGAGGUGGAUACAAAGUUUCUUGAUCGGUCGCUCUCAAAUCGUCCACGUCGGUGACAGGCAGUCGGCGGAGGUAGCGGUUGAAAGCGGUGUUCCACAAGGCUCCGUUCUUGGUCCUACCCUAUUCAUUAUAUACGUCAACGACUGCGUCAGCGAACUGAAUUGUGAUGUCGCCAUGUUCGCUGAUGAUGUUAAACUUUGGAGCGUCAUCCGAACUGAAUUUGACGAAGAGCGCUUGCAGGCAGACCUGACCCGACUCGAGAAGUGGUCACAGGACUGGCUGUUGCCGUUUAAUGUGACUAAGUGUAAUGUCAUGCGAGUCGGCAGGACACGAUCUCUGAACCGGAGGGUUUACCACCUAAACGGCGUACCAUUGCAGGAGGUAGACGCCCAGAAAGACUUGGGGGUGUGGGUAACGGCUUCUCUAAAACCGUCGCUUCACUGCUCCAAGGUAGCCAAGUCUGCGAUGUCAGUCCUUUAUCUUGUCAAGAGAGCUUUCUCUACCUUCGAUGAGGACUGCUUCGUUAAAGUCUUUCGGACUUUCGUACGACCACAGCUAGAGUUCGCCAUUCAGGCGUGGAAACCGUGGACCUCUAAAGAUCUCAGCAUCCUCGAGAAAGUUCAGAGGCGGGCAACCAAACUCGUAGGUGGACAGGGUUCACUACCCUAUGAAACCCGAUUGUCCAAUCUCGGUCUCUUUCCACUGAGUUACAGACAGCUAAGAGGCGACCUUAUACAAACAUUCCGUCUACUGCGCGGCCAGGACUGCUGUCUCGUACCUACUGAUUUCUUUGAGUUAGCGACCACAACGAACCUCCGAGGUCAUCCACUUAAACUACGCGUAACUGGCGCCAAGCUGGACACUCGGAAGUUCUUCUUUUCAAACAGAGUGAUCGAGGACACUCGGAAGUUCUUCUUUUCAAACAGAGUGAUCGAGGCCUGGAAUGCUCUGCCUGCAGGUGUCGUCAUGUCCACCUCCGUCGAGGCUUUUAAGCGCAACUUGGACCAGAUUGCCACCAAUCGUCACAAUGCCACCUGA